UUUCCCCCUCGCUUCCAUGUACGUGUGCAUGCGUGCGUGCAUGCAUAUCUUUUUUGGCUUGCGCUGUGCCUUACCUGCCGUCCCAGUACCGAGAACCUCUCGUAUCUCCACCGGCUCCCAGGGAUGAUGGGGGGAAGGGGGGGGGACUUUUUUUUCCCUCUUGUUUCCCCCUUCUCUCCUCCCCCUACGUAAUGGAGAUACGUACUUCGUAUAUGGUGGGGGGUGGAUACUAAGCACUUGCCUCCAAGCAAUGCGCACAGCAAAUUCUUGGUGGUAGUGGUUGAUGAUGACGAUGGCAAGACCCACGAUGGCCAGUCGUCCAUGAGGCAUCCUUCUCUGCGUCUCUGCUUCGUAUCCAGCAUAUACACCCAACCGCCGAGUACCAUGGCCGCAUCGAUUGCAACGAGCAAUUGGCUGGGUGAAUGACCAGCGAUGGAUCGUAUCCAGCAGCUCCCACGGGGGUUGCCCUUUGCGGACGUGAUAUGGUCGGGGGACGCGCGCCUUGGAGGGCCUCCUUCUGGCCCGCUCGCCUCCAGGGGGGCCCUGCUUGCUUCUCCCUGCCCAUGGCGUUUGGCCUCCAUUCGGGCCUUGACAACUGCAGCCCGCCUUUGACACUGUCUGUUGAUAGUUAACAUGAACCCAUCCAUCCAGUCCACCCGCGCGCCGCCCUCGAGUCCCUCUCUUCUCUGUUUUCUUCUUUUCAAUUGCUUUCUCCGGCCUCACCUCGACGCCCACAUCCAGCUCGGUUUGCUCCCCGGCUGCUAAUUGAUGCGUGGUGCAAUUGUGCCCGUGUGCGUGCCCGUGUGUGCCCUCGAGUCACGAACCCCAUCGUCGCUCUUGCCCUCGCUUGGACAACCGUUGGAAGGAGCCUCACUACCCUGGAUCCAGCAAGCACAACCCUUGCAGUCGUACACAUUCGCUCUUCACCUUCACAUCGCAUCGUCCGACUCUCCCUGCAUCACAGUCGCUGCAUUGUGUCCACGGCACCGUUUCAAGCGCGCUUCACGAUUGUUGGCUAGCUUGCCAUCUUCCACCACCACUCGAUUGUGCCAGCGCCUGGUACCUGGUGCUGUGCCUGCGACCUGCCGCACCUUCGGGAUCCAAAGUCGGACCAAGACCUCCUUCAGCCUUUUUGCAUCAUUGCUGUCACCACCGCCUGGUUGCAUAGCCGUACGUACGUGCCUUCUCCUGGACGCCCUGCGUUACAUUCUUCGACACUGCGCUUGGCCCGAUUCUGCCCAACCAUUCCUCGUCUACCCAUCACAACACCAACUGUACACAACCCACACCACUAACGUCUUCCCAAAAGCCGCGCACCGUCAUUGA